UCUCUGUUGCAGCAACGACUAGAGAAGCACAGAGAACAAGGAAGCAACAUGUGCUGACCAUAAUAACUCCAACACAUCAGCGCAGGCAGGCACGUCGCCACGAGACGGGACACAACGAGCCGAGGACAAUCACCGACGGGACAGAUAUAUUUUUAGCAACAUAAUGAAAAGAGAGGUGAAGGCUGGAGUCAACUUCCUCAAACGCUUGGCAGUGGCACGUGGCAGGCUUGAUGAAGCCAAAGCAGAGCUGUUUGCUGAAAAGCUUCAGAAACGUUUAUGUGACAAAUACGAUGACCACUGGUAUCCUGACUGCCCCAGCAAAGGCCAGGCAUACAGAUGUAUCAGGAUAAAUAACGGGGUACCCUGUGAUGAAGAGGUCCUGAGGGCAUGUGAGGAGAGUGAGCUCACACCCAGUGAGCUCGGCCUUCCGCCUGAGAUCACGCUAUGGAUCGACCCACUGGAGGUGUGUGCAAGAUCUGGAGAGAACAGCAGGCCUUUCAUAGUAGCCGCAUUUGAUGAUGAGGAUGGGGAGAGCAUGAAGGGAGAACAGGAUGACUCCUUGGACACCUCAAUGAACCUGGACACGUCAGAUUACCACUCUGCUACCUCUUCAGACUGUGGCUCUGCAGCAUCAAGUGACACAGAGGAGGAAACGAAAGAAGGCGAGGUGGAGGAGGGCGAGCAAGAAAAAGAGGAAAAAGAUGAGGUCAAGCAGGAGAAGGAGGCAGCAGAAGGGGACACAUACACCAUACUGAUGGUGCCCCGGAUUCGAAAACGGCAUGGAGAUGGACCAAAUAAGGUCAAAUACGUCAGAAAUAUGCUCCCUGCUAGCCUCCAGUACUUCUACCACCCUGCACCAGUCUGGCCUCAGUACAAGAAAGGCGCUCCGGUGUUUCUGAACACAGUGUGCGUGCCUCCCGCGCCACCUCCUCCUCCACCCCAGCAGGUAUUUGGCUACUACAUCCUGCCCCAGCCAUCUCCACAGUUCAUUCUGCCUCAAGCCACGCUGCAGCCAUGGGGGGCUGUGAAGGGUUAGCCCGUCCAGGAAGAUAUAGGCUGGAUACAAGCUUCUUCAACUGAGCCAUGCAAUGUCAGGUCUCUGCGGUGUCAGAGUUAAACUUUGGCCAAAAAAGAACAUUUUUUUACUGUAAAGCUGGAGGUUAUUCCUUGCAAAACUUCUAUUAAUUCCUCUUUCCUGUUUAAUUUCCUGUAUUUAUAGCUUGUUCUCAGCACACGGAUGCCACUGAACUUUUUUAAUCUAUCACGUCUGCACUGCUUAUUAUUUUUUACAUGCUGUGAACAUCAAGACUGACUUCAGUCUCUGGGUGGUUGGACUAACUCAGGAAUUCUCAGCAAUAUUCUCAAUGCCAAAAAUGUCUAUUCAGGUGUUUUAUUUCUUAUUACAGCAAUCUUUGUGUCUGUUCUCUCACCUUUAAAGGUCCUACAGUGCGAACAUUAGAGGAAAUCAAUGUAAAAUGUGAUUCAGGGUUUUAAUCUAAUGUAGCUACAGUGGUAAUAGAAGUAUAUUUUUACUAAACUGCUUGUAAAUAACACAGAACCAAGACACCAUAGACUGAUGCACACUUUCUAACUUUUGUUUUAUUAUUUUUGUAAUUUAUUCUACCACCAUUGUGUGGCACUUUGCUCACAACUUAUACAUGAAGUUUGUAUGAAAUUGUUUGUAAAUAUUUUUUUAACAACAGUGACUACUGUACAUCUUAACUGCAUAAAACACAUUGUUUUGGGUAGCUUUGACUCCCUCUGCUGUUUGAUGUAUCUGUUUGAUGGCCUGCUUUUAGCUGUGUUUGAAUGUAAAUAACAUUGCUUUAUCACAGUUAUGCUACAGCAAUACAAAUAGCAAAUGCAUAUUUCACCCUGUGAUUCUUGUCUGCUGUGAUUUUUUUAAAUGAUAUGAAUUCAAAGCUAUUUAUUUCACGUCUAUGCCACUUUGAUACCUUUGAGUGCUUGAACAUUGCAGCUGAUUAAAUCAAAACAUGCCUGAAAUGA